AAUAUGGGAAUAUUUGUAAUAACAAGAUGGGUAAAGGUGACGGUGGAAGGAGAAAGCUUUUUAUAUGCUAGCAGUAGCAGAGCAAAGCUUUAGCUUUACGUGAUUAAAAGAAGAGAGAGAGAGAGAGAGAGGGAGCGAGUAGACCCACAAAAACCCAAUAAUUCUAUUAGAAAAAAAACAUAAAUUGUUAAAGCAAAGCAAUGCAAGUAAGAAAGAUGGAUUCUUUUUGGUUAGAGAGAUGUAAUUUGGAUUCUUUCUCACUUUGAGAGCCUCCUUCUCUUUCUUUCUUUUUCUUUUCUUUUCUUUCUUUGCCUCGCUUUAUUAUGUUUACUUGUGCUCCAAGUGGCGCUUUUCCUCUAAAACAACCCCAUUAAGCUACGUUCUAUACUUAAUGCUUAGCUGCACUUUUGAAGUGUAGAAUAUUGUGAUUUUUCUCUUUGCCAGUUCUCUUUCACUCUGUUUUGUUCAGUAGGGUUUAACUAAGCUUCUUAUUUGGGUGGGGGUGUUUGUCUGUGAAGGGUGGUGGUAGUGCAAUUCUUGUAUUUUAUUUUCUUUUGGGAAUUGUGAUAUCUGAGUUCUGCUAGUUAUUUGAUGUUGUUGGGUUUCUUGAAAGAUUUGGGAUCCGAGUUUUGUUAUGGAGAUUUGGGUUUUAUAGUGUGCAAAGACUAAAUAAAGAAACAAAACGGAAAUUUUUCGAAAGAGAAAACACAGACAACAGAGAAGAGAGGGUGAUAUAGAGAGAGGAAAAAAGAAAGAUGGCAGGAGGUGGAGGAGGAGGAGCUGCGCCGCCGCCAAAACAGGAAGAGCUACAGCCACAUCCACCCAGGGAUCAGCUGCCUAACAUUGCUUAUUGCAUUACUAGUCCCCCUCCUUGGCCUGAGGCAAUCCUACUUGGUUUCCAACACUACUUGGUGAUGCUUGGGACAAUUGUUCUUAUACCAGCUUCUCUUGUUCCCCAGAUGGGUGGAGGAAAUGAAGAGAAAGCAAAGAUGAUUCAGACUUUGCUAUUUGUGGCUGGAUUGAAUACAUUGUUCCAAACACUGUUUGGCACUCGCCUACCUGCAGUAAUUGGAGGCUCUUAUACCUAUUUGCCUGCUACCAUUUCCAUUGUUUUGGCUGGUCGAUACAGUGACAUUCUGAAUCCCCAGGAGAAAUUUGAGAAGAUAAUGCGUGGAACCCAAGGUGCUCUUAUUGUUGCCUCAACUCUACAGAUUGUUGUUGGUUUCAGUGGCCUUUGGAGAAAUGUUGCAAGGUUCUUGAGUCCAUUGUCUGCUGUUCCCUUGGUGGCUCUAUCCGGUUUUGGGCUCUAUGAAUUUGGUUUCCCGUUGCUUGCAAAAUGUGUGGAGAUUGGACUGCCACAGAUCAUCUUCCUACUCGUUUUCUCACAGUAUUUACCCCACAUGAUAAAAGGGGAGAGGGCUGUAUUUGAUCGCUUUGCGGUAAUAUUCUCAGUAGUUAUUGUGUGGAUUUAUGCUCAUCUUCUUACUGUUGGUGGAGCAUACAAGAAUACAGGACCAAAAACUCAAUUAAGCUGUCGGACAGAUCGUGCAGGCAUUAUAAGUGCUGCUCCAUGGAUAAGGGUUCCAUAUCCUUUCCAAUGGGGAGCUCCGACUUUUGAUGCUGGAGAGGCGUUUGCAAUGAUGGCUACGUCAGUUGUUGCUCUUGUAGAGUCCACAGGGGCUUUCAUUGCUGUAUCAAGGUAUGCAAGUGCCACUCCAUUGCCACCUUCUAUACUUAGCCGUGGUGUUGGUUGGCAGGGUGUUGGCAUCCUUUUCUCUGGAAUAUUUGGAACUGGGAAUGGAGCUUCUGUAUCUAUUGAAAAUGCUGGUUUAUUGGCACUGACGCGUGUUGGCAGCCGAAGGGUUGUCCAAAUAUCAGCAGGGUUCAUGAUUUUCUUUUCCAUUCUUGGUAAAUUUGGUGCUGUCUUUGCUUCAAUUCCAGCUCCAAUUAUUGCAGCGCUAUACUGCCUUUUCUUUGCUUAUGUUGGUUCAGGAGGUCUUAGUUUCCUUCAGUUCUGCAACUUAAACAGUUUCAGGACAAAGUUUAUACUUGGAUUCUCCUUUUUCAUGGGCUUAUCAAUACCACAAUAUUUCAAUGAGUACACAGCCAUUAAUGGUUAUGGCCCAGUCCACACUGGAGCUAGAUGGUUCAACGACAUGAUAAAUGUGCCCUUUUCAUCAGAAGCUUUUGUUGCUGGCAUAUUAGCAUUCUUCUUGGACAUUACAUUGCACCAUAAAGACCAAGCAACAAGGAAAGACAGAGGUGUGAGCUGGUGGGCUAAGUUUAGGUCAUUCAAAACGGACACCAGAAGCGAGGAGUUCUAUUCCCUGCCCUUCAACCUCAACAAGUUCUUCCCCUCUGUGUGAUUCUUGACUUGUUUGCUAAAGCUUUUGACCCAAACAUUUUGCAAGAAGAAGCACACUACAACAUCAUGGAUCCCCUUUAUACCCUUCUGUUGUUUUGCCUGCUGUCAUCAGCCCAUAGAAAACAAGAACUUUUUGUGAUAUAUGUAUGUAUAAUAUCCAUCCUCAGUACAUUUGUUCUAAUUUUCAACAUGGGUCUGAAUUAGCCUAAAAGCAAAAACUGUACUUUUCCUCUGGUUCUAUGCUUAUUAUUUUGUACGUUAAACCGACCA